CUGACACAGUACGCAAAUUCGGGCGAGGACAACUUAGUGAUGCAGGCCCUGCUGUGGCUGUUUGACUGGUCUCGGUCUCUGUCAGACACUGUGGAUGAAGGAGCAAAUAUGGGAAGGGUCCAAGCCCUAAAAGAGCAUCUCCUUGGAAACCUCCCAACGGAGGAUAAGUGGAUCAGGGAGCAGCGCCGCGGUAUACUUGACGAUUUGCGUUCCAUGAUCAAUUACGACUUUUCCGGGACACGACCUUUCCACUAUGUAUCCAUCUGAUGGCCCACUUGCCAAAGCCAAUGUUGGUGGCAUCAUGUACUUCGUGAUUGUGAACUCUAUUGACCUAUGGAAUCAGCUGC